AUGCUGAGUUCACGUGGAGCAGCCGGACCCACCACGCGAUCAAGUGCUUCCAGGCUUGCGACUCGGGGUUUCUGCGGCUUUCGCUUCGUUGGUGUGGAGUGGGCUGUGACUCGCAGUGUGCAGCAGUUGGGUAGCCGUCUGUGGACAGCGGCCGCGGAACGAGCAGUCCCGUUCAUGGCUGAGUCAUGCGAGAGAUUCGUGUGGCGCGCGCCUCCGUGUCAGGUUCUUGCGGCCCUCCGUUCCGAGCUGACAAGCGAGCACGAAAACCGGCAGGUGCUUCUGCAGAUUCUUGAGCUCUACGCGCCCGAAGUCGUCACGGAGCUUCGCCAGCGCAUGCAGAAGCCCCCUCCGAGCACAUUUCCCUCUCUGUGCCUGGAUUCGUGCGGCUCGGGCGCCCCUGGGGCGCUCUCCGAAAAGUUUGGCAGCCCGUCGUCAGCUGCCAGUCCUCGUGCUGCGCUGACGGGUAGGAGGUCGCCCUUCAAGGCAGAAAGCCUCUGCAGAGCACCUCUGCGGCAUGCGGCUCACGCGGGGCUCGAUCCGCGCGAAGCUCAUUCCAGGCCGUUCGCAGCAAAGGAGUCGCCAGGCGUGCCACAGGUCUCUGCCGCGCACGCCUCCCAACUCAACGUGGCAACCGGAAGCGUCGCCCCAUGCCCAACAGAAUCUCCAGAUGCGUCGCCUACGGACCGCCUGCGCCUGCUGCGGAGGCGAGGCCUCCUCUGUGGGUUCGCCUACGGCGCCUUGAACUCAGAAUGCCUGCCGGGAGGGGACGCUUCGGCGCCCACGCCCCUCGAGGCCGGCAGCGGAGGUUCUGCUUCCUCGGCGGCGCCUGCGCCGGACACAGCGCGGGUGCGUGAAGUCCCCUGGAACGGGAGUGCAGCGGCGCCGCAAUGGAGGCCUCCGCCUUCGAACGCGGAAGCGCCCUCGCGUUCCCCGCAUAUGGAAGCCUGGGCAGGGGGGCAGACGAUUCCUCGCUCUUCCCUCGGGACUCCAUGUGUCGCUUGCAGGCCCCCGCCUCAUCGGGCUGCUGCAUGCCACGCGAACUGCGGCUGCAGCGCGCAAAGUCCACUCGUGAGCAGGGAGCUCGUCUCGCGUGGGGAGCCUGUCAUAGGGAGGGAUGCCGAGGGCACUCCUGCUGCCGCCUGCCAGCAGGAGAUGGAAAACAGAGAGAGCCUCAAGUCAAGGGGAAACGCCUGUAACGCGCCAGAAGUCGAUGGCAUGACUUACAUGCACGCGCGGAGACCGCCGCGGGAAGCCAGUCGGGCUUCGUGCGACGGCUUGGCCUUCAUCAAACCCAUGUCCCCCCCGACUCCGCACUGCGAACCCGUCGCGCGUCUCGCUCUGUUCGAGGAGCUGGAGCGGUGCUGUGCUCCAGACGGUCUCGCUGCUGUCAGCCAGCCACUACCACGGCAGUGCUUCCCCGUAGAGGGGCGGCAUGGGGACGCCGCUCCGCUGGAGCCAAAUGGCUGCGAUGCGAUUCGUCUCACCGGCGACUUAGAGUCGCCGUCAAUGAUCAAUAGAGGCCUGCGACUCUUGCCAGCUGAGCCGCCGCUCCCGCCUGCCGAACCCGAGGAGGAGCAAACAAACACUCGAGGCUAUUUACAAGCCAGUCCUGAGAGAAAAACGAGCAAGCCGCCGCUCUUCAGAAACGAGGACCUGUCCAGCAAGCCUCGCCGUCUCGUCCAGGCGGCGACGCCCCUCGUUGGGGGCGGCAUGCAGAGCCCACACACUCUCUCGCCGGCAGCGCCUGUGGCAGCAGGAAACCGUGCCAUGGACGGGAGGGCGCUCUAUCGCCAGGGCUACACUGCGGGUUUGCCACUGCAAUCCUGUGAGGCAGAGGUAUCGUUACCCAGCGUGCGCGUGCGCGGGACUGCGCGGAAGUCCGCAGCCUGCGGGCUCGACGCGGAGGUGGCGGCGCCCGACGCCGACCGCGGUUGUCAAGGCGACGAUGCAGGCGCCCUGAUGCAAGGGACAUUUGGCCUCAAAACAAAGGAGAAAGAGGCUAGUGGAGUUAGCCGAUCCGAGGCGCAGCAGGUGUGGCUGGAAAACCCUAAUCUAGCUCUGGGGGCAGCACGCACCUGCAGCUCGCCUCCAAUUGCUUCCUCGCGACAGGGGCUGAGCAGCCUGGAGACUUCUAGGCAAGACGGAACGCCCUCAAUAAACGUGCGACGCGGCGCGCCGUUUGCAGAAGAACUUCGGGUCGCUGAACGAGCUGCAAUGCGCGAGCCAGUCUCAGGGACCCCCUGCGGAGCCAAGGCGGAGAAAGGAGGCAGAGAAGCCGUGGACGAGACGCCCGUCGCGGGAAACAAACUCGGUGUCUCCAAGCUGGAGCCGCACGGACUCUCGUCGACUCCGCUCACAAGAAGCCCGUCAGCAGCGCCGAGCGUGACUUCUGCUGCCUUACCCUUUGCCGAAUCGAGUCAAACGUCACCGCCGCCAUGCAAUCCACUUUCGCGGUCGCCGGAAGCCGACUCAGUGGACAUAGGGCUCAGCGAAGACUCGCAGUCAGCCAGUCCGCUGCUCCUGGAGGCCAGAGCGGCAAACUCCUCUAGCUCGCCACUAACGCAGAACUGGGCAGAGCUGACGAGGAACUCGGAUGAGCCGGGAUGGUCGCGGCAAAUCGAAGUCGCAUCAAGAGGUUUCCGGCUCUCCGACUUGAAUGAAGGAAGGCGAUGCAGUGACGGCCAGAAGGGCAGCAAUACGAGCCCUGACCUGCGGCAGCGCGUCCGCGCGGGAGCUGCGCGGACCAUUCAGAAGCGCUGGCGUUUAUACAAGGCGCGGAAGAUGGUGUCGAGUUCCGUGUCUCAGUCCUGCUUGGCUGCAUGCGCUUCGCUGCUACAUGACCGGGGUUCGCCGCCAGUGAGCCGCCCGGCGAACGAUCGAGCACUGCUCAAGUGCCGGACGUUGGAGCCGCGUCGUUGCCAUUCCGGGUGGACGGGUCAGAGCCCAGAAAUGACGCCCAACCCCAUUCCACCGCCUGAAGGGAAGUCGCCUGUCACUCCCCAGCGGCAAACGGAAUCGUUGCGCGCGCCGGACAGCUCUCCGACGACACACCAGCGAGGUGACGAGCAAUACAGGGCACUCACACUGGUUUCAGCAAAGCCAGAGCCCUCUAACCAAAACGCACGCAAUCCUGAUGCAACAGAAUGCAACACUCUUCCCUUUCGAGAGGUGGCAACUCGUCCGCAGAAAGAACGCCCGCUUCCGCCAUUGCCGCCUGGCGACAUGGCUCUGGCGCUUCAAGAAGCGAAACUGCGGCGGCAAAUACGAUAUUACGCGGAAAUGCACCAGUUCUACUCAAUGCAGCUACAGCAGAACAUUCUAGACCCGUCUGACGGGCUGGAGGAAAGUUUCGACAGAGAGUCUUUCCCCCGCAUGCUAGAGGGUACGGACUUGAAUCCUCUCCAAAUGGACAUAAACGAACUGCUGGAACAUUCUGCCGCUUUCCUCGGCGACGCCGAACCGCUGCGUCAGUGA